AGAAAAAUUUUUGUAUUACAAGAUACAUUCAACAAAGUUUUAUUAUUAAAUUUUCAAAAUCUAAAGUUGAUUUGAGAAAUAAUUAAUUAAAUUUAUUAUAUUUGUACAUUAUUGUUAAAUAAUUGUCUCUAGUUAAGUAUGAGGAUAAUUAGUCAACCAAAUCAAAUGAUUUCUAUUACUAAAACUGUUAACAAGUUUUUGAAAAAUCCAGCUGUUAGUCAAGUAUUUUUAAAAAAUGAAUCAACUAAAGUACAGCAACAACCUCAAAAUUCAUAUGUUGAAGAAGUACCGUAUCGUCCAUACUCUCCUUUUCAAAAAACUAAUAAUAUGGCUGAAUAUGCUGUUGCACGCUUAGAUGAUGUUUUAAAUUGGGGCCGAAAGCAUUCAUUAUGGCCAUUGACUUUUGGGUUAGCUUGCUGUGCUGUUGAAAUGAUGCAUAUCGCAGCUCCUAGAUAUGACAUGGAUCGUUAUGGAGUUGUAUUUCGUGCCUCUCCUCGUCAAGCUGAUCUUAUUAUUGUUGCUGGUACAGUUACUAAUAAAAUGGCCCCAGCCUUAAGGAGAGUUUAUGAUCAGAUGCCUGAUCCAAAAUGGGUUAUUUCAAUGGGAAGUUGUGCUAAUGGAGGUGGUUAUUACCAUUAUUCAUACUCUGUUGUCAGAGGUUGUGACAGAAUAAUUCCAGUUGAUAUUUAUGUACCAGGUUGCCCUCCUACAGCUGAAGCAUUAAUGUAUGGGAUAUUACAAUUACAAAAAAAAAUCAAGAGGAUGACAUUAGCUCAGAGUUGGUAUAGAAAAUAAAUUAUCACAAAGUUUUUUUUUUUUAAUUUUCUCUGUUUACAAGUUAAUAUUUCUAGCAAAAUAAAGUUUUACACUUAAAAAAAUAGUGUUUUAUUUAUAAUUUUACAUUUAAAAUUAAACUAUACCAUUAUAAUAAAUAUUGUAUUUUAUUAACAUUUGGGAAACAUUAUUUAAUAUAUUGAGCCUUAAAUUACAUUAAACUAUAUAUUUAGGUACAUUUAACUUAAUAUUUAGUUGCUACCAUUUCAUAAUAAACUCUAUGGAUGUAGAUAAUGUUUUAUGAAUUAAUAAUCAUAGUAAUAAUUGUUUAUUUUGUAUAAUAGUUUGUAGUAUAUUAUUUUUAAUAAAAAUUAAUGUUCCUAAAACAUA